CCGUAAGGGGCGGAGCUUUGGUUUGAACGUGCAGCGGGGAACUGGCCAGCGAUGGCGUUACCAUUGUGUUUGUGUUAGCUUGAAAGGAAAUUUCCUAAAUUAUCUCACUUUAUGUGUGUACAAUGAAAAUUUUCAUGUACAGUUGGUGAUGCUUCAGUUUAUAACGAAGGAUUCUGCAGUAACUUGAUAUCUUUGUUUGGUGAUCGUUGUGCCGGUAAGAUGCCUAUUCGAGCAUAUUGCACUAUUUGCUCAGAUUUCUUUGAUCACUCCAGAGAUGUUGCUGCCAUUCACUGCGGACACACUUUCCAUUAUGAAUGUCUUCUUCAGUGGUUUCAGACAGCCCCUACAAAAACCUGUCCACAGUGUAGGAAACAGGUCAGCACCAGGCACAUUAUCAGCAAGCUCUUCUUUGACAUUGGUGGAGAGGAGGACAGCACAGCUGACCCGGAAAGCUUACAGAAUGAGGUUGAUAGAGUCAAGGCACUUCUGAGCUCUAAAGAGCGAGACUUGCGGGACAAACAGAAGGUGGUGGAGAGUUUAAAGGACUCCAUGGACAAGCAGAGGCGAGACCUAGACAGUUUGCGGAAGGAGAUUAAAGAAAAGGAGAUGCUUUGUUCUGCCCUCAAAACACAGAUGUCAUAUAUGGAGACGCAACAAAAUGAAGUUCAGGCUGCCAAGGAAGAAGUCCGGAGCUUAAGGACCAAGUUGAGAACAUUUGAAAGCUUGGAUGUGUUGUUACAGGGCCAGAGAGCAGAGGUUGAGUCCAUGAUCACAGAUAUGGGUAUCAGCCAGGCAGCAGUGGAGCAGCUCUCAAUCUACUGCAUCUCUCUGAAAAAAGAGUAUGAUAACCUCAAAGGAACUUUGAAAGCUUCAAAUGAUAUGUGUGAGAAACUGAAGAGAGAAGUGCUGUCCUCAAACAACAAGUUACAAAAAACUACAAUAGAGGUGAAUCAGACCAAAGAGGACAUGAAGUCUCUGCAGAGCGAUCUGGCCUGUGCUGACAAAGAAAUCUCUAGCCUGAAGAAGAAAGUGGAGUUUCUUCAGAAAUCUCUGAGCACACCAACGAGGACUAACGAAGCCGUCAGUCGGCUCAUCUUUGAAAGCCCUGCCCCACUGGAGCUGAAGCAGCCUCGCCUCCACCAUCCAGCAGAUAGCGAGGACAUUGACCUCAACAUGACCUACGACAUCACUACGCCAGACGACGGGGCCAAGAGACCAACGCAGGUUCCAUUGAAGAAAAUGCGUCUCGAUCCACCCGUAACGUCUGUAUCCAAACACAGGGAGAAAACGUCAGCUUUAAGCAAGAAUCGCGAUGAAGAUCUGGACCCUUUUUUAAGGAACUCCCUCCUCUUCAGGAAGAAAACCUUUGGCAGCAUGUUGGAGCCUCAGAGGAAGCCUGGAGCUGUCAGAACUGGUUAUGAUGGAUUAGGAGGACGAACUAAAUUCAUCCAGCCUUCUCCUUUGUCACAGAUUCGUCCACUGAUGAAAGCUAAAAGGAAAAAGGUAACACGGCCCCCAUCCAAGACCGCCACUUGCAUGACCCUGGACGACUUCCUCGAGUAAAUUUUGGUGUCAGAGGUCAAGACACUGACUUCUGUAAAGAAGCAUGUUGGCACUGCUCUAAAACCGAGAACCUGGCUGUGCGUUUUUUGAUUUGUUUGUUUUUGCCACUCAACACCAAAAAAGCAUUUGGGAAUGAACUUUUAUCUAAAAGAAAUGACAAAUGUUGGCAUUUGGGUGAACUGCAAACCCUGCUCUACAUUUAUUUUAUGUGCUGAUAUGAAUUUGUUUGUGUAGGCAGUGUCUUGUGUUUUGAAGCCUCGUAGUUCUGUGGGAGUGUAUUUGUUUGUGAGAGAGAAACAGCUACUUGAGAAAUUUGACUGUGAGGGUUGCGAUGAUUAUAAAAUUCUGGGCCAGUGUCUAAUGCGAUACUUUUUUGUUAUUUAUCCCCCAUUUGCUUUUCCAGUGUGGCAAACAAAAAUCUUUAUCAUUUAAAAAAAAAAAAGUCUUUGAAAUGCUUUGCUAUUUUUCACCCUGUUUUCCCUGACUAACCUACAUGGGGAGUUACUGUAGGUAUUUUUUCUUUUAGAUUUAAUUGUCAUGCUGGAUGUAAACCAACUCAAAUAAUAAACAAUAUUUUUUUAUUAAGA